CAUCCUUCCGAAUAUUCCUUCUUUUGAGUCUCUCUCCCCUCCUUCCAUUCCCAGUCCAUCCGCUUCCACAUCUCCUCUGUUUUUUGCGGAUAAACACUUUUGUCUUGUUAUCCAUUAAUUUGCUGAGCAUAUCUCUAUCGGCAAUAAUGUCCAAUCUCAAUCUCAGUCUCAAUCUCCACCGCUUUUCGUUUCUCUCUAGAAUCGAUUCCCUCUAUAUUUAGUAGAAGCAAGAUCAUACAUUUCUUCAACCGAAGCAAGAUAGAAGGAAAUCAUGUCUUCUCAAUCCUCUCAAUUUGGUCAAGAACUUCUGAUCCAGAAGCUUGAUGUCUUUAAGAUCCAAGGCAAAGAUAAACGAGGCCGAAGCAUCCUCCGUAUUACCGGAAAGUUCUUCCCUGCUCGGAUUGUGAGUGUUGACUCUCUGAAGAAGUAUCUGGAAGAGAAGAUCUUUCCUAAACUGGAGAAGCCUUUUUCUGUGUUUUACGUGCACACCGAUGUUCAAAGGAGCGAGAAUUUUCCAGGAAUCUCAGCCCUACGAUCGAUCUACGAUGCGAUUCCGAUCAACGUCCGGGAAAAUCUGGAGGCUGUCUACUUCCUCCACCCAGGUCUACAAUCCAGGCUCUUCCUCGCCACCUUUGGCCGCUUCAUUUUCAGCGGAGGUCUGUAUGGAAAGCUGAGGUAUGUGAGCAGGUUGGACUACCUGUGGGACCACGUGAGACGGAACGAGAUUGAGAUUCCUGAGUUCGUGUACGAUCAUGAUGAGGAUCUGGAAUACCGUCCGAUGAUGGACUAUGGUUUGGAGAGUGAUCACCCGCGGGUGUACGGUGCGCCCGCAAUGGAUUCCCCUGCGCCAACGUAUUCCAUGAGGUGUAUCUCAUAAGAAGAAGAAGAUUGACGACGCCGUUUGACGGUUUGCCUUGGGAGUAAUUUUGUAAUGUAGUAGGGUUUGUUGGCGUGGGUUGGCCUUUUUUUGUCGUGUUUGAAGGUUUUUUAAGGGGGAGGAUAGUUUGUACAUAAUGUGAAUUUGGAAUGGCAACUACUGUGUUUUGACUAGAA